AUGCCCUCUGAAGAGAAGACUUCACCCACGCAAGAGACUCCGAUGCCGCAUGCAGCGUCCGUAACCAGUGACUGGGUCAGCACUCAGUUAGUGCCCGAAGCAGCUCUAGUUGUCCUUGACCGCGAAGGUUCGAUAAUACACGAACUGCGAGAAAAAGUAGCGGCACUAGAUAAUGGCGUAAGUCACUUGACAGCGUUGAUUAACGAUAAUUUUCUAACACGGGAAUCUGCAGAUCAGGCAAUCAAGAUAUCCAAACAAAAUAUAUUUGACACUGCAGUCAAAGUAGAAACAGCGGAUUAUAAUUAG